GACACAGACACUAACGUCGCCACCGAGCUGCGCACAUUGUACUGUGCUGUGCGUUGUUGGAGACGAACAGAAUUUCCAGUUGCGUCGUUCGUUCGGUGAAACUGAUCGUGUGUCGUUUACCGUUCCUUCGUCGAUCAUUCGAGACGAGUGCAAGAAUACGCAUCGGUGUGGAGAUAAGGCACCGUCAACGUGAAAAUUGUGCUCGGGGGAACCGUAGUCGUUGAAUAUCGGUCGUGUCCGUGGCUAUAAACGCGCUAUGCGCUGGUUCUGUGUAUUUUCCGGAGAUCAUCUUCGGACUUCGACAGAUGUUAAUAUGUCACGCGUAAACGUAAUGUUGUUUGUGUUCGCUGCUUGGAGCCUGCUUCUCACGGUAUCUGCUGCAGAUGACGGUCAGUGUAUUUGGUAUGGAGAAUGUUACACGGAUCCGAUGAUGCACAAAAAAAAUUGUCUUUACAAUGGACCGCCUAAACCCCUCGACGUCGCGGGGCAAAAGUUACUGUAUAAAAACUGUCCACAUUUAAUGGUCGAUUCUGGCCAGGGGAUUAAUACCUGCUGCGACACGAAUCAGCUGACAACAAUGGAUACGAACAUUAAGCUGGCAGCUAAUUUUUUAAGCAGAUGUCCGAGCUGUUUAGAUAACUUAGUAAAGCACUUCUGUGAGUUCACUUGUAGCAGACAACAGAGCAAGUUUAUCAAUGUUACCGAGAUACAAAAAGAUGAUAAAGGCGUGGAGUAUAUAAACGGAAUAGAUUUUUAUAUAACGAAUAAGUAUCUGGAAGGUACAUUCAAUUCUUGUAACAAAGUGUCGGUACCCAGCAGUGGACAAUUAGCGCUGGACAUAAUGUGUGGGAUAUGGGGAGCCAGUAAAUGUACUGCAUUGAGAUGGUUCCAUUACAUGGGAGAUGCGACCAAUCCAUAUGUACCUUUUCAAAUUACCUAUAUAAACACAGAUGAACCUGUGGGUCCAUUUACUCCGGUGGACCCUACAGUCACUCCUUGCAGCAAGGCAUUAAAUAAAGAUUCACCAGCGUGCAGUUGCGUAGACUGUGAAUCUAGCUGUCCGGUACCACCACCACCUCCUCCAUUACCAAAACCGUUCACCAUUCUCGGUUACGAUGGAUACGCCGUGACGAUGAUCAUCAUCUUUUUGUCCGGUUCGGCUCUCUUCCUGCUCUCUAUGGUGUGCUUCACUAAUAGGAAGCAAAUCGUUGCACGAGGUGAGGAGGUAGGAAGGCAGGUGGGUAGACGCCUAGCCGCGGGGUUACAUCACCCAGGAGAUGGUGCGCGUAUUGCUCUCGCCGCAGACCAGGAAGACAGCCCACUUCAAUCUAAGCGUUCCAGUGUGAUAUCCGCAGAUGACUUGCCGGGCGGAUUAGACGAAGAAGAACAGUCGACGUUCAUCGAAAAAUUAGGCGCGAAUACUGAUAAACUGUUAGUGGAAUUCUUCCGUUGGUGGGGCACAGCGUGUGCGUCGCGGCCAUGGUUCGUUCUCUUCAUUGGUUUUCUCUUUAUCAUUACCCUUGGAUAUGGAAUAAAAUACAUUUAUGUUACCACCGACCCGGUCGAAUUAUGGGCCGCCCCGCAAUCGCGGUCCCGAAUCGAAAGGAAAUAUUUCGACGAACACUUCGAACCUUUCUACCGCACCGAGCAAAUAAUCAUAACGUCUGUCGGUUUGCCGAAUAUCGUGCAUAAUACGUCGAACGGCCCGAUAACGUACGGCCCAGUAUUUAACGACACCUUCUUGAAAACCGUAUACAAGUUGCAAGAAGAAAUAAAACAAAUCGUUACGCCCAGCAAUUACACCUUAGCAAAUAUAUGUCUCGCCCCAUUGACCAGUCCAUUUACUGGGGCAGUAACCGCAUCGCAAUGCGUCAUUCAAAGUGUUUGGGGAUACUUUCAAGACAGUAUGGAAACUUUCGAUUCUUCCUCCGUGGACGACUUCAAUUUUACAGUAAAUUAUUUGGACCAUUUUCUAGUCUGCACGCAGAAUCCGUAUAAUCCUGAGUGUCUUGCACCUUACGGGGGUCCGGUGGAACCGGCAAUAGCAGUUGGAGGAUUUUUAAAACAAGGCCAAGAUCUUCGAAAUUCUCCGUACGAAAAAGCCACAGCGAUAAUUUUAACCAUACUGGUAAAUAAUUAUCAUAACAAAUCUAAACUUCAACCAGCAAUGGAGUGGGAGCAGAGUUACGUGAAGUUUAUGAAAGAGUGGAUAGCGACGAAGAAGCCGGCAUUUAUGGACAUCGCUUUCACUUCGGAACGUUCUAUCGAGGACGAAUUGAACCGCGAAUCCCAAUCAGAUGUUUUAACAAUCCUCGUAUCGUACAUAAUUAUGUUCGCGUACAUCGCUAUCUCACUCGGUCAGAUGAAAAGCUGCAGCCGACUUUUGAUUGACUCUAAAAUUACUCUCGGCCUUGGCGGUGUACUUAUAGUGUUGGCCUCUGUUGUUUGUUCUGUUGGUCUGUUUGGUUUCGUCGGCAUUCCGGCUACGCUCAUUAUUAUUGAAGUCAUACCGUUCCUCGUCCUCGCCGUCGGUGUCGACAAUAUUUUCAUUCUUGUCCAAACUCAUCAAAGGGAAGGUCGCCGUCCGAAUGAGUCAGUGCCUGAACAUAUCGGGCGUACCCUCGGUCAAGUCGGGCCAAGCAUGCUACUUACAAGCAUAUCAGAAAGUUGCUGUUUUUUCCUUGGUGGAUUAUCCGAUAUGCCUGCUGUUAGAGCUUUUGCGCUGUAUGCCGGUAUGGCGUUAUUGAUAGACUUUGUACUUCAAGUGACGUGUUUCGUUAGUUUAUUAGCACUAGACACUAUCCGACAAGCAAAUAAUCGAUUGGAUGUAUGCUGCUUCAUCCGCGGUUCAAAGAAAGACAGCGGCGAAGAAGCGGUGAAUGGGCUUCUGUACAAACUUUUCAAGGUCGUUUACGUUCCGAUACUGUUAAAAAAAUGGGUUCGCGUAUGUGUUAUGUUGAUAUUCUUCGGCUGGCUCUGCUCGAGUAUCGCGGUCGUACCACAUAUCGAAGUUGGAUUGGAUCAAGAACUUUCUAUGCCCGAAGAUAGUUUCGUUUUAAAAUACUUCAAAUUUUUAAAUAGCUAUUUGUCUAUCGGACCACCAAUGUAUUUCGUUGUUAAAGAAGGUUUGAACUAUUCCGAUCUAUAUGUACAGAACCUUGUCUGCGGCGGUCAGUAUUGCAACAUUGACUCUUUAGCUACUCAAAUAUUUAUAGCAUCGAAACAGCCAAACAUGUCGUACAUAGCGAAACCCGCAGCAUCCUGGUUAGACGAUUAUCUCGAUUGGUCUCAGUUGCCGACGUGCUGCAAAUACUUCAAAUCGAACGAUUCAUUCUGCCCACAUACGACAUCUCCGACAUAUUGCACAGAGUGCAAUAUACCUUUAAAUAGAAUGGGUCGACCCUUGGGAUCCAAUUUCGACCGAUACGUGUCCUUCUUCUUGCAAGAUAAUCCUGAUGAAAGCUGCGCCAAAGGUGGCCAUGCUGCUUACGGUCACGGCGUUAAUUACGUCACCGACCCCGCCACGGGUUUGUCAGAUGUCGGUGCUUCGUAUUUCAUGGCUUAUCACUCUAUUUUGAAAUCGUCCGCUGAUUAUUAUGAAUCAAUGAGAGCCGCGAGAGCCGUGUCUGCAAAUAUAACAAACACAAUCAACAAACGUCUGACUGAACUCGGUUAUGAGGCGGACAUUGAAGUGUUCCCGUACAGCGUGUUCUACGUUUUCUACGAACAGUAUUUAACUAUGUGGCCUGACACGUUGUUCAGCAUAGGGAUAUCUUUGAUCGCCAUAUUCGUCGUGACCUUCCUGUUGAUGGGCCUGGACAUAUUCUCGUCUAUCGUCGUCGUGAUAACGAUCACUAUGAUCGUUGUCAACAUCGGUGGUCUGAUGUAUUGGUGGCACAUAACGCUAAACGCCGUGUCUCUCGUCAAUCUCGUUAUGGCUGUUGGAAUUGCCGUAGAAUUCUGUAGCCACUUGGUACAUUCGUUCUCAGUGUCAGUGAGAACAACGAGAGUCGACAGAGUUGCCGACGCAUUGACGAAUAUGGGAAGUUCGAUCUUCAGCGGUAUCACUCUUACCAAAUUCGGUGGAAUCGUGGUACUCGGUUUUGCGAAGAGUCAGAUAUUCCAGGUAUUCUACUUUAGGAUGUAUCUGGGCAUCGUGCUGUUCGGUGCUGCACAUGGUUUAAUAUUUUUGCCAGUAUUACUCAGCUAUAUUGGCGUGAUGUCCCGCCGAGGGCGUAGAGGAGCCUACCAACAAGUCAAUGGGACUAGAAACGAAUUUAGGAGUCAAGUAUGCGGGCCUGACACUCCUUUACUCCAAAAUGACAACCAUGUGUACCCAACCACUUCCUACGCCAGUGUGAACUCCAUAGAUCCGUCACAUGAUUCGGUGACCUUCUAAUGUUAGUCUUCGUCCGAGUCAAUCGGUGAAGUUGACUUUUCUACUUAGAGAGAAUGAACGUAAAUCUGUUUUAACGCAGUUUAUGAAUGCAGAAUUAUUUUUAUUACGGUCAAAAACAAAAGGGAAGAUUGUUUUUAAAUAUUUUUAAUAACCACCUAUCUAGCAUCGAAUGAGCUAUGAAGUUCAUGCUUGGUAUAGUAUUUUGUAAUUAGGAAAAUGUGGAAUUUCGUAUAUAUACUACGAUUUCGUUGGAGGUAGGAUAUUUAAUUGUAGAGGAAUGUCUCUUAAUUUAACGUUGUUCUAUAGCUAAAAGCUUUAUGUGUGUAUUCGCGGGAGGUUUCCGAAACGGUACAAUCGAGCCGAUCGAAAGUAUCGAUAAUUGAAUUUGAACUAUUGUCAGUUUUAAUUUCGAAAUUGAUCUCUGCGAUCUAUUUAUUUUCAAUGAAAUUGCGUAAGUGUGUAUGGCUUGGCAGAUGGUAAAUGUGCGCAUUCUCGUUACGAUUUAUCCACGUGUGGAUGCAUUUUUUCUUCGCGAAAAAACACCCGAUUUCUCUGAUGUUGGAUGUCGCAUAAUUCUUCAGCAUAACAGAAAAAUAUCACUAUUCACGACUCUUUUUUUAUUAGUUUCAUAGAACUCUAAGGAGACAAAUAUAAAAUAUUGUCCCACAACAUUAACCGUCCUUAAAAAUAGAUGAUCGAUGCGGAUACAUUUAGUCGUGAACGUGAGUUAACUUCGUGACAUCGAUGUCUGAGAUUUCAGUGCGUUACCACUCAUUCUUUCUUUUCAUUUUAAACUGAUAAUAUUCUACGAGAGUAUUCUUAUUCGUUAUUUUCAGAGCAAUCGUUAAUUCAAUUUUCCUAUUUCUUUUUUAUGAUCUGUAAAUGUUAAGCAAUCUUUUUUUUAUUCUCAAUAAUCUCAUCGGAUAUCCAGAUAUUCAAGGAGGAAGAAUAAUUAUUCGUGAACUUCCGAUUACUAUGCAGUGUCGUUCGAUUAAGACGUUUCACAUAAUAGAACUGUUCAAUUGAGAGAAGGAGAAAAUGUAGUUGGACUUAAUUACUGAAAGUUGGAUGCAUAAGGCAUGUUAAAAUUUAAUUUCCACGCGCUCCAUAGAAUGUCUCGUUACGAAGUGGCACGCUUCUGCUCAGAGCGUAAUUAAUCAGUUCGAACAGUAUUGCUUCUUUUUGUGUGCGAGAUUGAAAUGAGACGGAAUCGAGUAUGCGAUGCCUCGUCAAACUCGAGCGUUUUAUAAAAAAAAAUUAUGUAUUUGUAUACAAAACAACAAUUUUUAUACUAACAACAGAAAAAUACCGUAACUCAAAGUUUUAGUAGACCCUUGCUAGUUGAGAAAAGUUAUCAUAUCAUAUCGUUACGAUGAUUAUGUACGGAAAUAGAACUUGUUUGUCUAAAUCUAUGUUUAUAAAUCUCAUCGAGCAGUUCAGUGUACGAGUUUUAGCGUACGAUCGAUAAAGAAAAGUAUGUCCUACAUGUAUAAAGAAAUGGUUAAGAAAAAAGAAAAAGUACUGUGAAUGUUAAAUAAAACUAGCCGAAACUCGGCGAUAAGUAUGCGCGUGAUAUGCAAAUCGUCAUUGGCGAAUAUAUCGCUAUUUAAAAUUCAGUAUUAAAUCCUUGCGAUGGGCAAGGGAAGAAAGCACGGCGAGACUAUUAAAGAGGGAUAUCCGAACGACACGAUAACUACCGUGUUAAACACGCGAGGCAAAUAAAACAUUUUUCUGUUUGUACGA